ACCGACUUAAAAAAAAUUUAUCCCACUUGUUCGACCUGUUUGUUAUUUUUCCGCGAUCACUCCAAUGAAAGUAGGUGACGGCAGAUGAAUGCAUUGGGCCACAUUCGGAAACUUACAUCGGCUCACACCUGGGGGCACAUGACGUCACGCGCUCGCCUGGAUAAAUUUCGGCCGAUUCCCGCGUCUUCUUCACUCCUUCGAAGUGUUUGCUAUCUGAUAACAAGCGAGAGAAUUGCGCUUUAGUGAGGCUCCAUUGGUCAAAAUGAGCAGCGUGAAUAUAGAAUCGGCCAAGACCGAAGAAGUGAAGACUCAGAUACCGACGAACAGACUUCUAAAGAUACUAGCAAUACUAACAACCACGCUGUUUGUCUUGGUAGCUGCAGGACUGAUUGCUUUUAUGUUAGUCUUUUACCUGUCUCCCAAAUGUGUGGAAAAUGAGGCUUGCAGAACAUCAGAUUAUGCUGCCUGUGGUUGUGGUCAACAGAAAGCUCGAUCUGAGAGGAUUGUAGGUGGAUUGAGCACGUACGGUGGCGAGUGGCCUUUUGUAGCCAGUGUCCAGUUGAACAACCGACACUUCUGUGGAGGAACACUUAUCUCCUGUAGGUGGAUUUUAACAGCUGCACAUUGUGUCAAUGACAGUGAUAUACAGAACUGGACUGUAGUGCUUGGAAUCCAUUUCUUGAAUCAGCCAACAAACAGUGUGCAGAAACGAAAAAUUUCAAAGAUACUUGUUCACCCCCAGGCAACAUCGUCCUUUAAUUACGAUGUUGCCCUGUUAGAGCUGUCGCAGCCAGUUGAAUACACUGACUUUGUCCAACCAGCUUGUCUACCUGCAGCCACAACAUCCAUUUCUGGGAGAAGAUGUACAACUGUCGGAUGGGGAAGAACAAGUGAAAGUGGAUUGCCAAGUAAUGCCCUUUUGAAGACUGAAGUGAAAGUUUUCAGCAACAGCCUGUGUCGACAUUACCUGCCUAACAUUACCGAACAGAUGAUCUGUGCGGGAGUGCCUGAAGGUGGAAAAGAUGCAUGUCAGGGAGAUUCUGGAGGACCAUUGCUGUGCCAAGAUGAGGGUUCUCGUGCAUGGUUAGUGGCAGGAGUUGUUUCCUUUGGAAGAGGCUGUGGAAGACCUCAUUAUCCUGGUGUAUAUAUGCAGACAAUGUCUGUUCGGAAUUGGAUAGCAGAAAAUACAACUCAAUAGCAGCCUCAUUUGUGACAGUCCUUCUAGGAAGUUGCCUACAUUUGUAAGUGUUUUUAGUACUUUCAUCCCAUAUUGGAGUCUGUAUAGAAAAACUGUAGCUUUGGAAAAAAGCUUACAACUUGGACCUUAAUAUAACAAGUCUCAUUUUGAGAACCUCUUAGACUUUGAACUAUCCAGCUUUACGGCAAUCAACCAGCUAAAGCAUAGUGCUGUUGUCAUUUGUAUUGUUUUUACUAGUACUACUAUUCAUUAAAUGGAUUGCUUAAGUGGUCUCAUUAGAAAACCAUACUUCAGAAAUGUAAAAGAUUCAAUUAAGCUUGUAUUAUUUGGCUACACCAUGGCUACUUAACCAUCACAAGUGGCGGAAUUCUGUAUGUUACAAUGUAACAAUUUAUAAAAUGUACUGUUCACUAAUGUAAUGUAAGAUGUG